AUGUCUCUCCUCCGCAUCUCGACUUCUUCGCUCGCCCGCGUCUCCAAGGCUCCCACCUUCGCCAUGGCUACUCGAGGCUACGCCGACGGCCCCACCGACAAGGCUGGUGCCACCGCUUCCUCCCAAGGCUGGAGCAAGCGCGAACAGGCCCAAGAGAACCAGUACGUUCAGCAGGCCGAAAAGGAGAAGCUCGCAAAGCUCAGGGACUCGAUCAAGAAGCAGCGCGAGCACCUUGAUGAGGUCGAGAGCCAGCUCAACAACCUCGAGAAGAAGUAA